GUCCAAUUCGCUCACUGUGACAUUUCUCCACAAGUUCUCUCUGCCGGAAGUUACGCACCAUAGCAUCGGGAGCCGAAAGGGGCGGGGCUGCCGUCGCGAAAGGGGCGCGCACCUGACCCUAACACCUGAGCCACCUGCUGAAGAUCCCGUCCUGAAUUCCACUGCUACCGAUCGACAACUAGAUUUACGUCAGCCUUGUGAAGAGAGGUCUUGUCAAAAUCAUCUGUUUCUGGAGCACUGCGAUGAAAAAUGGCGGAAAAACAAACAGGCAGUGAUCCGAGCUCAUCAACAGGACAGGGUUUUGAGUUUCCCUACGAGUGGGUGAGCCAGAACAACGGAGGAGAUGCCUCCUUCGCGCUGAGCAAAGAGUUGGCCGCUAAAUUUGCACAAAUGAAAAUGCUUAACGAAGCUGGUGAUGCUGAUGCCAACAGUGUUUUUAACUCCCUUUUAAACACUCAGAAGCAACUAGAAGCUUCCGUGUCCAACUAUGAUGAUGUGUUAAAAGACCUUCCAUUUGGAAUGAAUGAUCUUCAACCAGAAUCUCUCAUUGCCCUUGCAUCUACAGCAGGGCAAUAUUCAAGUUUUAAGGAGGGAAUGGAGGGCAACGAUGUAAUGUGUGAGCUUGGAAGUGCCCAUUACGAGAAAGAAUUGGCCAGAAUGGAAAUGAUAUCUCAGAGUCUGGAUGGAAUUUUGGAACAAAUUGAUGUAAUGAAGCAACAAUUUCUAGGAGAUUUUGAAGAAAGUGACAAUGAAGACAACGAAGUCAAGCCGUCCGAGUGUGCUGAUUUUGUCGAAGAGAAAGUCGCAGCUAUUAAGGAGGAAAUCGACGACCAAGAAGCUGAGAAAUUCUUCGUAGGUUUCAAAGAGUAUAAGGAAGUGAAGGCCUACUUGGAAAAGUUGGAGAAAGAAAAGAAAGUGGAAGCUCGACUUGAUGCAGCUUUAGCCAAAUUUAAAGACUUGCCCCCUGACUUUGAUCUAGCGCAGAAUGCCAUAAAGAAGCAGGAGAAGGAAAUGAAGGAUCUGAAUGCGGAGAUUGAAUUCUUAAAAAAUAACAUGGACAAUGGCGCUUUUGACAUGUUCAAGUCCUAAAACUUUUUUCUUAAAAAUCAUGUUACAACGUUAAAACGAAUAAGCCAUUCAAACCCUUCCAAAAAAUCAAUAUUGAUAUGAGUACUGUACAACUCUGUUAUCUUAUGGGAAGACUGAAUUUUUGAAAACAAUUUUAUUCCGGUCCAAAACAAUCAUUUACGUAAUCACUGUUCUUGGUGUCACACAUUUGCGAACUUUUGGAUUUUAAAUAUUUAUCUGUGUGUAAAAUCUCAUUGAUGUUGAUAUUACCAUUUUGUAAGCUAUUUACUUGAAUUGACAAUGAAUUAUCUUAAUUAAUGGAUAAAA